AUGGCUUUGACUCAGGCCGCGGGGAAGGCUGCACAACAUGCCAAGGAUAAUCCCAAGGCUGCCGUCGCAGUUGGUGCUGGAGUUCUCGUGUGCGCGGUCCCAGCUUUGGUGGCUGCUCCGGCUCUGGGUCUCACAGGCUUUGGCGCGAAUGGCAUCGUUGGAGGUUCUCUUGCAGCCGGUGCUCAGAGCGGCAUCGGAAGUGUCGUUGCCCCCAGUCUAUUCGCAACCCUCCAGAGUGCCGGUGCUGGCGGUUACGGUUUGUCUGCCGUCUAUGGAGCCGUUCAAGGUGCAGCUGCUGUAGGUGCUGGUGGUAGCCUUGCUGCGUCCUUUGGAGGAAAGAAAAAGAAUGAUAAAGAGAAGAAAGGAGACAAAUACGACGAAGAGAGCGAGGCUGAUGAGGGAGAUGAGGGAGAUGAGAAGAAGCCCGCGGAGAAUAAGAGUGGAGAGGCUGGUGGUGAAAGCAAGGACGACAACAAACCACGCCUGUGA